AUGACCAUCAAUCCCACCUACCUUGCGCAGCGCACGCGCUCCUCUGUCAACUGGACUGAUGCGAAGUCUCGUGUCCUCAAGUCCUACAGAGAAUGGCUUAGAGCGUCCCCCGAGAUCCAGACUAUGUACUCCUUGAACCUCCCCGUGUCCGCCAUCCGCACAAAGAUCCGUCAAGAAUUUGAGAAGCACCGCUACGUCAAGCAGCUGGGCGUUGUCGACGUUCUGCUGUUCCAGAGCCACGCAGAGUAUCAGGAAACCCUGAACUACUGGAAGCAGCUGUCGCAUGUGAUGAAGUACUUCCGGCCAGAAGAGGAGCCUGGUGCUCGGUUACCCCCUAACUUCAUCUCCGGCUUCUUGGAAGGCCGCAAUUAA